GGCAUGUAAGACACUAGCAAAUGGAGCGCGGUGCGCAGCGCUUGUUUAGUGGGCAUAGCAGUCGCAAAGCUGCACUUGAGCGUAAUUAGAAACAGCAAAGACCACAGGGGCAGCCUAUCCACCAUUAUGCGCAUCGUCUGCCUCGGAGACAGCCUGACAAGUGGCUACAGCCAGGGCGAGGACAAAUACCCCUACGGCGCCAUCCUGCAGAAGCUCCUCGACAAGGAAUGCGGCAAGGGCAAGCACGAGGUCAUCACGUGCGGCAACAACGGCGAGACGGCGGUGUCGAUGGCCAAGCGCUACGCGGUGACGACCGAGAUCGCGGAGCGCCGGCGCCUGCCGCCCAAGCUCUUCGUCAUCCUGGCCGGGACGAACGACCUGCUCGCCUAUCCUCAGAUAGAAGAAGAGAAGAUCGUCGGCGCGCUGGCGGCGAUGGUCGAUCAAACAGCGGUCGAAUCAGCGGUCGCCGUGGUUUGCACGGUGCCAAGGAUGCCCGCCCCGGAGGAGCGGUCCCCGGAUUUUGGGUUGACGAAGCGGCGCUACCGCCUGAACGAACUCAUCGUCGAGAAAUUCGGCGAGGACCGCGUCGUCGACACGUCGUCCCUCGACGCCUUCGAGGACGACGGGCUCCACCUCACGAAGCGGGGCUACGCGGAGCUCGCGAAGCUCGUCUACCCCGUCUGCCGCGCCGCGAUGAAGCGUUGUCGGCCGUCGAAGAAGACGACUGCGCCAGCGCCAACGCCGACGCCCAAAACGGAAGCGGCGCCGACGCCCAAAACCGCGCCGGCGCCGGACGCCACGCCCGCCGUAAAAAAGCUGCAAGCGGCGUACGGGUAAGACAGAC